GCAGGCUCCCGCGGGACACACCCGGCGAACGCGACCCAGCAGGGCGGGGGUGUUGUGGACGUGUGGUACUGCGACGACGGGACCAUCUACCUGCUGCCGGAGCUGGCUGCCCUGUACCUCCAGGCGUACGACAGCGUGACGGCGACGCAGGGCGGCAAGCGCAAUUUCAGCAAGACCGUCGUCACACUGUACGCCACGGAGGAGCAGGUGCUCGAGAACGCACCCAGGUGGGACCUAGAGCGCUUGAAAACGCUGAGCCCCCUCCAAGCGCCGACUGCGCCAGGAAAAAGCCUCGGGGUGGCGUUGGGCGGAGCGCAAGCGAGGGUUGCGGACUUCCGCACCAAGGCCUCGAUCGCCCAGAAGAUGCACGACAAGGUGCGGCGAAUCGGAGGCUCUGGGGCAGAAUUGGCGCUAUCCCAGGCCUGCUUCGGAGUUGCCAAGGUGACCCACCUGCUCCGCGCGUGCGGCGACGAGCUGGUGGAGGAGGCUGACGCCUUGCGGUCCUUCGACCGCCUCCAGAAGGGCACCCUCGACCGGCUUGUCCCGGGGUGCGACGCCGAGUCUCGAGCCCAAGCGUCCUUGAGCCUCCGGGUGGGCGGUCUGGGCAUGAGGCGCGCCCGAGACGUCGCCCUGCCCGCCGUGGUCGCCAGCCGCGCGAUGGCGCGAGAAAAGGUGCAGCAGCUGGACGCUGAGCUGGCGAAGGCCGGCCUCCUCCGAGCAGGGCAGCUUCUCGCCGAGCACGCCGCCGCCGCCCGGAGGGCGGUGGGAAUGCUGCGCGCCGAGCCCGACGGCGUCGAAGCGGCCGAGGUCGAGGGGCUAGUCGCCGAGGCGGCCCACGCCGCCGCCGCGGCAUGGGCGCGCCGCAUGGAGGGCAAGGGCGGCGAGGCAGCGGCGCCGCGCGCGCAGUGGACGGCGUUUGCAGAGGAUGAGCGGGUGGCGCCAGCAGGCGGCGCAGAGGAGCCGCUCGGGGGAGGCGCCGCCGCAGGCGGCGGCCCCUUCGGGAGCGGCGACGACGGCGUUGACGCCUUGCCCGAGCGCCCAGGCGCGAGGGGCGUCUCGCGACUCACCGCUACCGGCGUCCAACGCCAGCUCAGCAUCCUCGUGGGCAACUCGCGCCUGCGCCGGCUGGUCGAGGGGCUCGAGGCGGCCGGGCGUUUCUCCGACAUGCGGCGCUUGCAGGAGCUCCGCGACCCGUCUGUCGAUCACAGCUGGGUCCGGCGGCUCGACUUCUGCGAGGGGCCCGUGUUGCGCGAGGACGACUAUCCUUUGUGCCUGCAGCUGCGCCUCGAGCCCUGA